UUCACCGUACGUAGCGUUUAGCGUCGCUGCGGGCAGUACUUACAGUACAGUACCAUUCAAUAAUAAUAAUUAAAGUGAAGUUGUCAAAAGUGAGUGAAAUACAACCGUCGCCUCAAUCUGUAUUUGUGUAAAUGUGCCGAUUUGCGAUUCCUUAACCGUUUCCGGUAGUCGCCUGCGUAUUACGAGAACUCUUUCGAUCACCUUCUCAGCAAUAAGCAUGAUUUAAAAAACAUAAAGUGAUUCACUUCUGCUUCACCUCCAACAGAGGCAACCAAGUUAGAAUGCACCGAAGCCUCGGAUUGGGAGGUGGAGGAUCUAUCGCAAUCCGAUCUGGCGGCGGGGUAUACGAUGGGAAAAUUGCGGGCCUUUACGAUUUGGAGGAGACGCUCGGUCGGGGGCACUUCGCCGUAGUGAAAUUGGCCAAGCAUGUCUUUACCGGGGAGAAGGUCGCCGUUAAGGUCAUCGAUAAAAGUAAGCUCGACGAUGUUUCCAAGGCUCAUCUCUUUCAAGAGGUCCGUUGUAUGAAACUAGUCCAACAUCCGAACGUCGUUCGUCUGUACGAAGUAAUUGAUACUGCCACGAAGCUUUAUUUGAUUCUCGAGUUGGGAGAUGGAGGGGAUUUGUACGAUUACAUUAUGCGACACGAUGCCGGUCUCUCGGAACAACUGGCACGUGACUACUUUUACCAAAUUGUCAAGGCAAUAUCGUACUGCCACCGACUGCAUGUAGUGCACCGUGAUCUCAAGCCCGAAAAUGUCGUGUUCUUCGAAAAACUCGGCGUUGUUAAGUUAACGGACUUCGGAUUUAGUAAUAAGUUUUUUCCCGGUCAAAAAUUGGAAACGUCAUGCGGCAGUUUGGCUUAUUCUGCACCCGAAAUUUUAUUAGGCGAUUCUUACGAUGCUCCAGCUGUUGAUGUUUGGUCUCUUGGUGUUAUUUUAUAUAUGUUAGUGUGUGGGCAGGCCCCAUUUCAGGAAGCAAAUGAUUCCGAGACGCUUACCAUGAUCAUGGACUGUAAAUAUACUGUUCCAGCGCAUGUUUCAAAAGACUGCCAAGAUUUGAUAGCUCGAAUGCUCGUGCGCGAUCCCGAAAAACGAGCAACACUCGCGCAGAUCGCUGCGCAUCCGUGGCUGGCUCAGCAAAAGGGCGAUCAAUCUUUAGACAUUGUACCUCUCAUUACCCGAGAGCAACUGUCGGAUGAAGAUCACAACCUCAUAGUUCAAAAAAUUGUAAAUGGAAAUAUCGCUACCAAAGAGGAAGUCCAAGAGAGUAUCGAAAAGAACGCCUACAAUCACAUUACCGCCACAUAUUACUUGCUAGCCGAAAGAAAAUUAAAGUCGAAACGUCUCGAACAGACGCAUAAAGGUCGACGACCUGAACAUUUGGCCGUUGCGCAGGGCUCCCCCACCCCUCUUCGCGAUUUGGGAGGCACCGGACCAACUCCCAACUUACUUACUGUACCCCGAACUCCCGGAGAAUUACCGCAGCGAUCUCGGAAGUGCAGCAUAGUACAGGAGGACGAAGAAGAAGAAGACUUGUCGAGCUGUUCCGGCCGAGAGGAGUUGGCUCCGCCUCACAAUUCGCUCAACAGGCGAGGAUCUCGUUCGGAAGGCCGUUUGAACCUCGCCCUACAAGAGCGCUUGUCCGAAUCGGAAAGGCGGAAACAAGAUAUUGCCAUAAUUAAACGUGAAGUGCUUCCAAAAAUGAACAUUUUAAGAAACCUGUGCGAAGACAGGCCUAAAUCGGCGGAAAACAAGUGGAGAAUGGGAAAAAGCGCGAGUAUACCUGAAACGACAUCUCCGAUUCAGGCAAAAAUUAUUAACAACAUGCAGCCCAACUCGAACGUAGUCCCGACAAGUAUUAUCAGCGAAUCGUCGACGAUUACGAUUCCCAUUGUGACAACUACACAGUACAACACGCCCCCAGUGCAGAAAUUCAACACCAUGCCUUCUCCCACCCGAAAUUCUCCAGCAGCUCCUCAAUUGCAGCUGAAUGAAAUUUUCGAGGAGGGUGACUGUACGGAAGUCAACCCGCGGUCCGCGCCCCGACAGUUCGUGAGCCGAAAUCAGAAGCGAACAUCGUACGAACAAAAACGGUCUAAGUUUCACAAGAAUCGCACCGCCUCCUGCAGUUCAUCGGACGCUAGCGACGACGAUAGCGAAAGUAGGAAGAAAAGGGCUCACAAACUCGCCAGCGCGGAAAAAUCGAUCAUCAAGGGCCGCCGUGACUCGCACGACGACAGCAGCGACUCCCAAGAGCCGGGAACGGGCGCGAGCGCCGGUACAACGAACGGUAGACUAGGAUCCGUAUCGAUCAUAGCGCAAAAUAACGUUUCGAACACUCAAGAUUCGACCAAGAGUAAUUCCACUAGUAAUAACAGCAAUAGCGGCCGAAAGAACGCCGGAAAUUCGGGUAUCGGCCGAAGGCAUAAGACUGGACGAAGGAGGGAGACGAGACUGCGCGAAUCUCAAUCUUUAAAUCGCAUUACGGAGGUUCAAGAAGACGCCUCACAUUCUGUCGUUAUUAAUCCUGUUUAUAACGCAACUCCAUGUGCCAAUGUUGUCCCAAAGGCGAAAGGUUUGGGCGCCCGUAUUUUACAGGGAUUGAGUAUGAGCGGAACAAAGAAGCACGACGAGAAGCUGGCAAAGGAAGAAAAGGUUCACCAUCUGUCGCGCAAGGAUGCGCCCUUGAAAAAUUCGGACUCCCACAAUUGUCUAAAGCAGCCGAAGACCUUCGAAGAGAAGGAAAAUUGCAAAUUGGUCGAGAAGGUUUCGACGAAGAAGAUGCGUCUGUUCGGGAAAUAUUUUCAAGUGCAUAAAAAAUUGUAUAUUCCGUUGCCGGGCAUCUUCAGCAGGAAUCGCCUGUAUAAGGCGCAGUCGUGCGGGUCGUUAAUUCGCGAUAAAAUUAGUCAAAAUCCCGACGUAAUAAUGCGCAAUCGUCAGAGGGCCGCCAGUGUCAUUAGGAACAGUAUCGGAAGUGAGAGUGACAUUAAUCAGAACCUGGGAUUGAAACAAGGUAAGGACAGGAAGGCCGCGACCGCCGUGCAGUUAAAUAACGUUUGCACAGAACUGACGGGUAUCUGUGCGACGCAUCUCGGUCACGCGUCGAAAUGCUGCAGCUUCUGUUGACUCCCAUUUUUUAACCAAAGCUAGACAAUUUACUAUUUAUUUACGGAAUUUAGUUUAAGUAAAUUUAUUAUAUAUUUAUUGUUAUUAUAAUAACCAAAGUUUUAACAAAUAUUUAUUAAUAACGUACUAACUUGUAAGGUAGGUAUCAGUGUCGGACAAUUUGUACAUUAAUUCCUUGCACUCGUGCUUUGAGACAGCUGUGACAUUUACUUUAUUAAACCUAUACAGGUUUGCGCUACAUCCUUCGACAUUUGCUCAAGUUAUACAUGUAAUAAUUUAUAAUAAUCAUGCAGUGAUGAGGUCAUUACAUUUUCAAUUUGACCAACUCAUUAUGAAUCUCUUUCAACUACUUUUGCUACGCAUGAAGCAACAACUCUUUUGUACUUACACUUUCAUAUUUCUCAGAAAUCUAUUUUGAUUUCGCCUGCCCAUUAAAAUAAGACAUAUGUAGGAAACAUGCUGAGAAUAUUUUUGCAAAUGCGCGCGAUCGUGAUUUUGGUAAGUAAACACCAUAAAACUACUAGGAGAAACAUGGGAGACUGAAAUUUUCAGUCUCCCUCUUGCAUGGCGAUAUUGCUUCACAAUUUAAGCAGCAGUUCAUACACCUCUUUGUUUUACACAAGAGGAAAGAAAUUAUUGCACAAUAUUGACUGAAAAUUCUUAAUCUUUUUGCGACGCUAAUGAUCAUUGUAUCGCUUGUGUCGAGAUCUCUUUUAAAUAAAUAAUGUGCAGCUUUGUAUCUAUUUUUAUAGGGAGAAUGUUAAACAGACGGUUUGUCUUGAUUUACUGAGCAAACUAAGCACCUGUCUCAGUUUUGAGCUUUGAAUGUGGGAACGUGGGGUGUAGUCCUUGUUGCUUCAUGUGCAAAGACAUGGUGACUACUAAAUGAUUUCUUAAAAUGAAUGAUCCCUAGGUGUAUACAUAAAAAUUUACACAAUAUUGUUUGAAGGCCAAUUUUGUUUCACCCCCCAGGACAGAUUUUACACGAUAAUAUCGUAGUUGUGUGACGAAGAGUGCCUUGCAUGACUACAGAUCUAACCGAAGUUCCUCUCUUUUCUUCUCAUCAUCUAGGGCUAUCCUUUUUGUUUACACUCACACUCUCUAAUAAAAAUGUAUAAUUCGAUUCACGACAACAUUCUUGAUAGCGUAGUUUACGAACUGACUGUACUGUAUAGUAUGAAAACUCCACAAAAUAGGGUAGGGCAAUCGUAGCUAAAUCGUUCAUUGUAAACUUAGAGACAUGUUAAGACUGAUUAAAUUAAAAAACAGUACCAAUCGUUGGUGAGACCAAAUUUUGUGGACUUUUUUACUGCUUUGAUACUAAUUAUUUGUAUGGUAAAUCUCGAUUUUUUUUAUCGAAACGAGAAGAUUGAUUUUUCUGCGAGAUGUACUGUAUAAUUUGUAAGUAAGGUGCAAUACAAAUAUAUAGCGUAUAUACUUAAAAUGGAAAUAAUUUUAUAGGUGACUUAGACAUACUUACUCAAAUUUGAAAUUGCGAUAAUUGUUCUACCUUGUAAGUAUUAAAAAUCAUGUAUUAAUCCUGUUCUUGAUUGUCUGAAGAAAAAUUUGUUUUUUUUAUGUGAAGUGUGGAGACACUUAGGGCAGUAUGUGCUGUGCACAAUUUUUUAUUUUGCAAAUGAAUACGAGGCACAGAAAUAUGUGCGUCUUUGAUUGUUAAUUAAGUUCAUGCGUGACAUUGGUAGAUAUUUAUAUGUGAAAUACGAAUUUUGUUCUUGUGUGCAGAUAAAACACGUUAGAUGCUAUUUAUUGAUGUCAAGCUGGUCUUGUCGUUAGUAAUAGUUGUCCACCAUGUAUGCAUCUGUGUGUGCACAUAAUAAAGAUGUUAGUGAUUCUGUUUUUUA